UGUACCUUGGGUAUUGGCAAACCUUUCACCUGCCGCACCCAUCCCCAAAUCUAUUGACUGGUGAUCAUCUUCCCCAAGAACGCUAACACAGGAGCUGUCUUCUGAGACUGGAUGACUUUAUUCUUCAAAUGGCUUAACCCUUCGAGUAGCUCCAGGGAUCCUUCAUUCCCCAUAUCCAGGAAAAUGUGAUGAGCUACAGGUAUCAGCUACUAGAUCAUUACUUUAUGUUCUAGCCACAAGUGACUCGAGUGGAAGAUCCAGGGCAGCAAAGUACAUCAGGAACAUGUCUAAAGAAAUGGCACACCAAAGUGAAGGAGAAGCUGGGGAAAAAGAGGCGUGUGGAAAUCAGAUCAAAGAAUCCGACAAAGAGGAGGAACCAUCAGCUGCUUCAUCCCAUGGCCAGGGGAGGCAUCCAGGUGGCAGAGCAGCUAGGAACCCAAGGCCUGAAUCUGGGGCCAGACCCCCUGCCCUCCCCACCAUGGUCAAUGAUCCACCAGUACCUGCCUUACUGUGGGCCCAGGAGGUGGGCCAUGUCUUGGCAGGCCGUGCCCGUAAGCUGCUGCUGCAGUUUGGGGUGCUCUUCUGUACCAUCCUUCUCCUGCUCUGGGUGUCUGUCUUCCUCUAUGGCUCCUUCUACUAUUCCUACAUGCCGACCAUCAGCCACCUCAGCCCCGUGCAUUUCUACUACAGGACGGACUGUGAUUCCUCUGCCUCCUUACUCUGCUCCUUCCCUGUGGCCAAUGUCUCGCUGGCUAAGGGUGGACGUGAUCGGGUGCUGAUGUACGGACAGCCAUACCGUGUCACCUUAGAGCUUGAGCUGCCAGAGUCCCCUGUGAAUCAAGAUUUGGGCAUGUUCUUGGUCACCAUUUCAUGCUACACCAGAGGCGGCCGAAUCAUCUCCACUUCUUCACGCUCUGUGAUGCUGCAUUACCGCUCAGACCUGCUCCAGAUGCUUGACACGCUCGUCUUCUCUAGCCUCCUGCUGUUUGGCUUUGCAGAGCAGAAGCAGCUCCUGGAAGUGGAGCUAUACCCAGAAUACAGAGAGAACUCGUAUGUGCCGACCACUGGAGCAGUUAUCGAGAUCCACAGCAAGCGCGUGCAGAUGUAUGGCGCCUACCUCCGCAUCCACGCCCACUUCACUGGGCUCAGGUACCUGCUGUACAACUUCCCAAUGACCUGUGCCUUUGUAGGUGUCGCCAGCAACUUCACCUUCCUCAGCGUCAUAGUACUCUUCAGCUACAUGCAGUGGGUGCUGGGGGGCAUCUGGCCCCGAUACCACUUCUCUUUGCAGGUAAACAUCGGGAAAAGAGACAGUUCCCAAAGGGAAGUCCAGCGGAGGACCUCUGCUCAUCAGCCAGGCGCAGGGCCCCAGGGCCAGGAGGAAUCAACCCACCUGUCAGACAUUACAGAGGACAGUGAGAGCCCUGAAGACCCCUCGGGCCCAAGUGUGGGGCCGCAGCCUGCCCACCCUGCUGACAACUCCUCAGCUCACCCCUUCAGCCUCUUCCAGUCUGACCUCUGUGUUCCCCCUGUGGCUGCAGAGGGUCAGCUGUCUGAGGAUGAGAAACCAGAUCAGCAGCCUCUCAGUGGAGAGGAGGAACUGGAGCCAGAGGCCAGUGAUGGUUCUGGCUCCUGGGAGGAUGCAGCUCUGCUAACAGAGGCCAGCCUGCCUGCUCCUGCCCUUGCGCUUGCCCCAGAGACUCUAGGCAGCUCUGAACCUUCUGUGGAUACUCUCCGACAGCGCCCCACCUGCUCUAGUUCCUGAAGAGAGCCAGGCAGCAGCCCCAUAUUCCAGCCCCUUCCCACCUGACCCCUUUCCUGUGGUUUCCCCAAUAAACAGUUUUCCUGCCA